AUGAACAAUGCCAACGUCACAAAGGCAAAGCUGACAACACCCAAUCCCUUCAUGCAGGUGGAGGAGACGGCACCGAGCAGCACGUUCCGAUCCUACUCCGAGUCACCAGCAUGUUCCUGGCACAUAAGGUUGAGCUGCAAGAAGAGGUCAGCUUCCCCCAUGUCAUCUCUGCCCACAUCCUCAUGCGUGUCGGAGUGCGGACUAGGGCUGCAUCAUCUGCAUCGCACGGCUCGUGAGUCACGAAGCUUCCAUGAGCAUCACAGCCGCUUUCAGCGUCACCUUGCCUGCGGGGAGUAUCUGCUGCCUGGCCGGGUUCUGCUGCACUGGCUUGGCUGGGUCCCCAUCGGCUGGGCCUUCCACGAAGCCAUCAUCAGCGUCAGGGCAGCUGCUGGUACCGACAGCAUCAAAAGUCUUUUUGAAAAGUCCUCUUCAAAAACAAGGUCUUUCAAAAAGUCUAAAAAAGUCUUCAAAAAGUCCUGA